CAGCUCCUGCCAUUGAGCAGGACCCCUGACGACACCGGCCCAAGCACCAAGGUGGCCUGUGAAAUUCCUCCCACCUCCCGACCACUCCAGUGAAGCUCUCACGGCACCGCCCAGAUCAAUGCGGAUUACCUACUGACCGGUUCUCGAACGCGCCACAAUGGCCGAAUCGUAUCCGACCCUCACGCAGUGUGCCCUCAUCGCCGGCGCACUCAAGGUCCUCCUCUUCCCGGCCUACAAAUCCACCGAUUUCGAAGUCCACCGCAACUGGCUCGCCAUCACCAACAGCCUACCCAUAUCGGAAUGGUACUAUGAGAAGACGUCGGAAUGGACCCUCGACUACCCUCCCUUCUUCGCCUACUUUGAGUGGGCCAUGUCCCAGGUCGCCAAGCUCGUCGACCCGGCCAUGCUCAAGCUCUACAAUCUGGAAUACGAUAGCUGGCAGACGGUCUACUUCCAGCGAUGGACCGUCAUCAUUUCCGAGCUGGUGCUCGUCUACGCGCUACAACGGUUCAUCGACUCUGCCACCGGUCCCACGAGACGGGCUGCCCAAGCUGCCGCCAUCUCCAUCCUGCUGUCGCCCGGCCUCCUCAUCAUUGAUCACAUCCACUUCCAGUACAAUGGUGCCAUGUACGGUGUGCUCAUUCUGUCCCUCAUUCUGGCCAGAUCCAAGUCGGGCUUGCUGGGCAGCGGAUUGGUCUUUGCUGCGUUGCUGUGCAUGAAGCACAUCUACCUGUACCUGGCGCCGGCUUACUUUGUCUUCUUGCUUCGCGCGUAUUGUCUGUCGCCCAAGUCCAUCUUUAGGAUCCAAUUCUUCAACUGCGUCAAGCUGGGUGGCGGUAUUGCGGCCAUCUUUGGUGCUGCCUUUGGCCCGUUUGUCGCUCUGGAACAGAUCCCCCAGAUGAUGAGUCGACUGUUUCCCUUCUCGCGCGGCCUCUGCCACGCCUACUGGGCCCCGAACAUCUGGGCGCUCUACUCGUUUGCCGAUCGCGUUCUAAUUUAUGCCGCACCCCACCUCAACCUGCCAGUCAAGGCCGAAGCAAUCAACAGCGUCACCAGAGGGCUCGUCGGAGACACGGCCUUUGCCGUCCUGCCAGAGAUCACCCCGCGGGCCUGCUUUGCUCUGACGCUCUUCUUCCAGGUGCUGCCGUUGAUCAAGCUCUUCUUCCAAGCACCCCCCACAUGGGACGCCUUCAUCGGGGCGGUGACGCUCUGCGGCUAUGCCUCGUUCCUUUUCGGAUGGCAUGUGCAUGAAAAGGCCAUUCUUUUGGUCAUCAUCCCCUUCAGCCUGAUUGCGCUCAAGGAUCGUCGUUACCUUGGCGCGUUCCGGCCACUGGCUGUCGCCGGACACGUAUCUCUCUUCCCUCUGCUCUUCACCUCGGCCGAGUUCCCAAUCAAGACGGUGUACACCAUCUUCUGGUUAGUCCUGUUUCUCAUGGUGUUUGACCGCUUGGCCCCGGCUUCGCGCAAGGCGAGGUUCUUCUUGCUGGACCGGUUCAGCACGCUGUACAUUGCCAUCAGCAUCCCGCUGAUUUUCUACUGCUCGCUGCUCCACCAGGUUGUGUUUGGGAAGCGGUACGAGUUUCUGCCACUCAUGUUUACUAGCUCGUACUGCGCUGUGGGAGUGGUCGGCAGCUGGAUCGGAUUCAUGGUGGUCUAUUUCACGUCAUAGGAAGUGUAUUGCUAGUAUGUAUGGAAAACAUAGAAAUACAGUCAAGGACGGUGAAACUUUUA